AUGAAGAAAACAUCUGAAAAUGAGUUCUUGUAUCUUUUUGUAGCAUUGUAUGCCUUUAUAAAGAGGUUUGAAUGUUGUCGACCCAUCGUGGUUGUAGAUGGCAGCCAUAUCAAAACAGCAUACAAUGGGACAUUUGUUUCAGCGAACACGAUGGAUGGUGCAGGGAAUAUACUACCUUUGGCGUAUGGCGUGAUUGAUUCAGAAAAUGAUAAGUCUUGGACAUGGUUCUUGAACGAGUUCAAGGAAGCUUAUGGGCUACGGGAGAGCAUGUGUGUUGUAUCGAUAGGCAUGAAUCCAUCAAGGUUGUAUCCAAAGUAUAUCCUAAUGUUCCCCGUUUUGCAUGCAUAUGGCAUCUUUGGAAGAAUGUAUACAAUAAAUAUAGAAAGAGUCACAAGGUCUUUGAGUGGGGUGUACUAUGCAAUGAUAAAAGCGUAUACACGGGAUGAGUUUGACAUGCUAAUGGAAAAGGUUGCGACGGUGGAUAUUCGUGUAAAGGAUUACUUGGAGUUAGCGGAAGGAAAAAGUGGUCUAGGCUUUAUGCUCCAGAUCAACCGAGCAUGGACAAUGAGGUCUAAUAUUGCUGAGUCUAUCAAUUCAGCUCUCGUACAAGCAAGAGAAUUGCCAAUAUUUGAUUUUCUUGAAGAAGUUCGGAUUAUGUUUGGGCACUGGAAUUUCACUAACCGACAAAAUGGUUCAUAUACAUUCACAACACUUGGGAAGAGAUUCAAUGAAAUGCUUUCCAUUAAUGAGAGUAAAUCUGCACGCAUGACGGUUACUUUAUGUGUAUCUGUUUGUGUAUUUAAUUUCUUUGGUAUAUUUCAUGAUACACAAAAUCUUGUUUGGCUGUAUUCAACAUAUGCUGAUUGCAUAUACAGCUAUGUGUGA